AUGGUCGUGCGAGAUAACCAACCGUUUGGUGGUAACACCCAGAAUGAUCGAGUUUGGAAACAAUUCAGGAACUUGAAAUCAAUGUUUAGAAAAAUUGCUGCCGUGCCUGGCUGCUCAGCAAAACAAAAAGCCGGGUACAUCAAAAAUAUCCUCGCCCGUCCAUCUCACAAGCAACAAAGAGUAAGGGCUUGUCGUUGUAAGAAGGCUUUAAUUACUGAUGACACAACCAAGUUCCAUUUGAACUGCGAGGCUUUCGGCGAUAACGAUUGCUUUGCGCGAAGGGCGUUCGAUCCUAAAUCACCAUAA